UGGGAAGUAUUUGAGAUACUGGGAGGACUGUCUCAGGUGUUUGAAUCCCCUGCAUCUUAUUUAAAAUAGCGUCUUGUCCUGUUGUUAUGAGAAAAGGGUGAAAUGCUAAUCACAGGUCACUCAGCCUCACUGGCACUGCUGAUAUCAUUUGCUUUUGGUGUGGCAGAUACCAUUCGAAGUUUGAAAGGUGGACCCCUGAUCGAUGCUGAAGGAAGGGAAUAUAAAUCUGCCACAUUAAGAGCUGAUGCAGAAGACAUUAGUGGACCACAACUCAAUGACGGCUCCCCUGUGCGUGUACGAUGCACAGAAGGCACCAUGAUCAUUAUGGUAAAGGCUGACCUGUAUGAAAAAGGACGUCCAGUGUCUGUUGGGGAGCUUUUUUUGGGAGAAGCUGAGCAUUCACAGAGCAGUCAGUGCCGAGCUGUUGCUGCUGGUGAAGCUGAAUAUGUCAUUGAAGCCAGACUGCAAGACUGUGGCUCCAAGUUAACUAUAUCUGACGACUCUGUGAUCUACUCAAACAAGCUGAUUAUCUCACCAGCUGCCCGUUACCAUGGCAUUACAAGGGUCACCCAUGCUGUAGUUCCUGUUUCCUGUCACUAUAAAAGGACACACACUGUGAGCAGUAACUCUCAGCAGUUAGCCCUGACACUCUCCACUCCUGCAAAGUCUUCCACAGCUGCUUUCUCUCUAAAGCUGAUGGCUGAUGACUGGAAAGGUGAGAAGUUCUCCAGUGUCUUCUACCUUGGAGACCUCCUGCACCUCGAGGCUUCUUACACUGGUCCUGAUGCAGGACAAAGACGACUCUUCAUCGACAGCUGCGUCGCCACUCUGUCACCUGACCCAACAUCAGUCCCCAGAUACAACUUAAUUGAAAACCAUGGGUGCCUCACUGAUGCAAAAGAGGAAGGCUCCAAUGCAGUGUUCCAACCCAGGACGAGAGCUUCUUCGCUUCAACUGCAGCUUGAUGCUUUCCUGUUUUACCAGGAUUCAAGGAACUCAAUAUUUAUCACUUGCCAGCUGAAAGCGACUUCUGAAAUGUGGAAGAGAAGUCCAGCCAACAAGGCCUGCAAUUAUGUACAUUCAAGAUGGAUAAAUGUGGAUGGGAGUGAUGUUUGUGGAUGUUGUGACGGUACCUGUUACAACAGUUCUUCAACCCACAAUAAAAGCCAGAGACGUCUGAUCCCUAAAGAUAUUGUGGCAUGUGGAGCUGUAACUCUCGGCCCUGUGAUGGUUUUCCCCAGCAAGUAGACAAAGAAUAAAAAUCCAGA